GUUGCCUCGAUAUGUAAUCGAACACAAUAACAUUGUACUCGAUUUGUACCGUUCAUUUAAUUAUUAAAUUAAAUUAAAUUAUUAAUAUAGUAAUAUAUUUUUAACAUGACGACGAGGUCUUGUGCAUACAAGGACUGCGAAUAUUAUUAUGUUGGCCACGAAAAUGUGUUGGCCAAAGGAAGAACCCUGUUCGCCUUUCCCAAGCAACCGCAAAGGUCAAGAAUCUGGCACGAGAACGGUCAAGUGCAUCCAAAGAUUCCCAAAACCCAGCUUUUUAUGUGCUCCCUUCAUUUUGACCGCAAGUUCAUAUCCUCCUCCAAGAACCGAACGCUUCUCGUGGGCGAGGCUGUACCGUAUCCGUACGAGGAAAACAGUCCCAAGCCGGAGGAGGAGCCCCAACAAGUGGCUUCCACUUCGCAUGAGAGCUACUACAUAAAUUUGAGCGACGAUGAACUUAGCAUCAACAACGUGGACACAACCUCAAUUACCACAACUCUUAAGAAAAAUCUUGACAUAGUCGGCGAUAUACCACCGGUCAAGCGCCCGAAGGAAUCGUCCAUUGUCAUUGCUUUUAGAGAAACUGUGAAAACGGAAGAAAAUCCGAAUGCAGAACGAGUAAGAGUAGAACACGACAAUGUUGAUACUUCUGAAGUUUCCGUAUUUAACUUCAAGGGCCAAGCGUACGUACAAAUGUCUAUGGAGUAUUAUUUGCAGGAAAAGCGGAAAAUGGCUGAACUUUUACAAGACUACAGAAACGUUUUAAAAAGCAUUAAGGCACACGUGUCACACCUGGACCUAUAAAUUUAUUAAUGUAAUAGAUUUUCUAUCAAUUUACUGAAAAUAUUUUAUGCAAUAAGCACCUGAAGAA